AUGCGUUUCUCAACCACCAUCGCUGCAGUCGCAGCAGCCACCCUCCCCUUCGCCUCCGCCUUUCACCAAGGAUUCAACGUCGCCGCCACCAACCUCGACGGCUCCUGCAAAACUACCGCCCAAUGGAAGACCGCCUUCCAAAAACUCCACAAUCUCCCGCAGCAAAUCUCCAAGGUCCGCCUGUACGCCUCUAGCGACUGCAACACCCUCGCCAACGCCGUCCCGGCCGCCAUCUCCACCAACACCAAGAUCCUCGUCGGUGUCUGGACGGAAGACCAAGCACAUUACACCGCUGAGAAGAACGCGCUCGAAGCGGCUAUCAAAGCGCACGGCUCCGACUGGAUCCUCGCCAUUUCCGUCGGCAGCGAGGACCUCUACCGCGGCGACACGGACGCCAACACCCUCGCCAACCAGAUCUACGACGUGAAGGGCAUGGUGCACCAAUGGAACAACAAAAAGGUGGGACACGUCGACACGUGGACCGCCUGGGUCGACGGCGCCAACCAAGCCGUUAUCGCCGCCUCAGAUUUCCUCGGCAUGGACGGAUACCCCUACUUCCAGAACGCCGCCAUCGCCGACGCAGCCUCCGUGUUCUGGGACUCCGUGCAAGCGACCCAGAACGUAGCGGGCGGCAAGCCCGUCUGGGUGACUGAGACCGGAUGGCCAGUGUCGGGCCCCAACAGCGGCGCAGCGGUGCCGAGCGUGGCGAAUGCGAAGAAGUACUGGAACCAGGUGGCUUGCCAGGCGUUCAAGGAGAUUCCUAUCUUCUGGUACGCGUACCAGGACUUUGGCGCGAGCCCGUCGUUUGGCAUCUUUGGCAAGGGUGGGAAGAAGAUUUAUGAUCUUGCUGCUUGCCCGUAG